AUGGCUCCUAGACCACGCCGCUAUUUGCCUCAUGGAUUUCAAGAAAAAGCCACCCCCGAUGGCCGUACAUAUUGGAUUGACUUCCGACCACUCCCUCCAUCUUGGCUGGCACCCGCCGAUGUUCGCGCCAACAACCCAGACCUAUUCUCAGAGGACGAUUGUAAAAGCGUGUCAGAUAUUAAAACUCCGCUUGCUCUCGAGAACGUUCGUUUACCCAAAGGAGUUGAGAGACACUAUACGCCUUCGGGUUCAGUUUACUAUGUUGACUCGCGACCAAGAGCUUCUUGGGUGGACCCUAGAACUGUUGAUUUCAAUAUUGAUACAGAAAGAGAAGAAUAUGCUCAGAACAGUACUGUGCUUUUCACUGGGGGAGAAUACCUUGAGCCCCCGCCAGAUGCUCACAUCGAAUUCAGGCUCUUGAUGGAUCUCACCAAGUGGCGACUCGCUCAAUCUUUGAGCGGAUACCCUGAUUGUCGUAUUGAUGAGGUUGAUACUUUGAUCGAAAUGUUGAAUGCUAGAAUCAGCGGAUGUCCAGAUUUGAACAAGCUCAAACCUAUGGACGGAGCGUUUAUCAGAGCGUGCUACAGACAUAUUUCAUCAGAGGCUGAUAUGGCCGCUUAUGGUCCUUCGAACAAGGCGAAUCUCACCCCCGAAACGCCUACCUACGCGUGGCUGGCAUUCAAGUUCAUCAUGUACGCUAUUUUGCUUGGGGCUCCUCUUAAUUAUGCACAUCGUCUAAAAAAGGCCGACUGGGUUCAGUGGUCAAGCAGGCAUCGAUGGACUGAUCAACAACGUGCGCUGGAUGGGUUCCUCAAGAGCCUGACAAACGAAUGGAAUCUGAUCAACCUGACGGCAGCUUUACUACUUUCCGCCGCCGUUGGGCUCCUCACCGUUGAAGGCUUGUCAACCAUAUCUCAAACUGCGAUCCUAAUCGCCCUGAUUAUGGCACUGCGUCCCUUGUCAUGUCCGUCACAUUCGUAUGGAGAUACCAGCGACAGCUCACCAACAUCCAUGACCUCCGGAAAAUCAUGGCAAGCACCGUCGCUCCACUUUUACCUCACAUUUCGUUAA